AUGUUGCGUCGGUUCUUUAGUUCUUCAUCUGUCAUGGCUGCACCUCGUAUGGUACAGCAACGAGUGCAGAGUAAACUUUCGCUACUUUCAAAUGCGUCUACAGUACCAAAGACUCGUGUAAUGUUUGUCUCGCGCUCGUCCAUGUUGGAGCUUCACCAAUCGUUGCCAUUUCCUGUCUCUACUGCCACUCUAAGCGAUUUUAAAGCCAAACCAAAAGAGAGAAUGUUUGUGUAUCCAAGUGUGGACCACAUCAAUUAUCCAACUCAACGCGUCUUGCUCAUAGGACUUGGAGAUGCUUCAAAGGUGACACCUACUGUACUACGUGAUGCUACACACGUCGCUUUAAGUACGUUAAAGACAAAACAAGUACGUGAUGUGGUCGUAGAAGUCCCAAUGCUUCAAGAUUGUGAGCUGAAAUACAGUCGAAUUGUGGAAUUAAUCGCUCAAGCUUCAAUGCUAUCAAAUUAUCAAUUUGAUCAGUAUUUAACGGACUUGAUGGACGUUUAUGGAGAUUGUAAACUGCAUUUACCACUUGAAGACAUUUAUAUGGACACGUUGAUGAAAUAUCAAAAGAAUGUAGUUGAACAAGUGACGGUUGGUGAAGAGACGAUCUUUGCUCGUAAUCUUGGCAAUGAACGCUCGCACAUUGUGAAUCCAGCGUUUAUGGAAGAGGUGGCACGUGCAUCGUCUGAUCUUCCCAAUAUGUCAGUUCGUGUGCUGCAACAAGAGGAACUAAAGAAGGAAGGUAUGAAUAUGUUUUUGAGUGUAGGUCAAGCUGCCGUCUGUCCACCUCGUCUUGUCAUUCUUGAGUACCAUGGCAAUCCCGACUCGGACAAGAAGGUUGCGUUAGUUGGCAAAGGUGUCACAUUUGAUACGGGUGGCUUGAAUCUCAAGCCAACGGGAUCCAUUGAAGACAUGCACACGGACAUAGGUCUCAAGGUGAACAUUGUUUGCGCUCUUGCCCUGGCUGAGAACGCCAUUGGCUCCAAGGCUGUAAAGCCGCUGACAAUUGUCAAGUCACACAAAGGUAUCACUGUGGAAAAUAGCAAUACGGACGCUGAGGGGCGUUUGGUACUUGGUGAUGCGAUGUCGUACAUUCAGAAGGAAUACAAGCCUAAGAAGAUUAUCGAUGUGGCUACACUUACUGGCGCGUGUAUGGUCGCUCUUGGCGAACACUGCGCUGGUUUGUUUUCCAACUCGGAUGAUUUGGCAAAGAAGCUGCAGGAGACAGGAAUGGAGUGCCAUGAGCGUUGCUGGCGUCUGCCGAUUCUUCCAGAACACACUGCCGCCCUGAAGGGCUCUCAUUCAGACUCCCGUAGUACUGGUCGAGGUCGCUACGGUGGCGCUUCAACGGCAGCAGCGUUCCUACAGCAGUUCGUUUAUGAGAAUGUAGACUGGGCUCACCUCGAUAUUGCGGGACCAUCGAACUACAGCUCGGCCAAGUCGUACUUUCCCAAGGGAGCCACGGGCUUUGGCGUCCAGCUGCUUUACAGCUACUUGAAGGAGCAUGAACAGCAUUAA